UCACCCGGCUAGCUGGAGCGUUCGGAGGUCGGGAGGGCGCGUGGGAAGGAUCCUUCCUCUCUCCCCUCCGUCUCCUCAUCCUACCCUACCCUGCCAUGGCAGCCUUGCGCUACGCGGGGCUGGACGACACGGACAGCGAGGACGAGCUGCCGCCGGGCUGGGAGGAGAGGACCACCAAGGACGGCUGGGUUUACUACGCCAAUCACACUGAAGAGAAGACACAGUGGGAGCAUCCAAAAACUGGAAAAAGAAAGCGAGUAUCAGGAGAUCUGCCGUAUGGAUGGGAGCAAGAAACUGACGAGAAUGGACAGAUUCUUUUUAUUGAUCACAUAAACAAAAGAACAACCUACUUGGACCCAAGACUCGCGUUUACCAUUGAAGACAAUCCCACAAAACCAACAAUUAGGCAGAAAUAUGAUGGCAACACCACAGCCAUGGAAAUUCUUCAGGGUCGUGACUUCUCUGGGAAAGUGGUUAUAGUUACUGGAGCGAAUUCUGGAAUAGGAUUUGAAACAGCGAAGUCUUUUGCCCUCCAUGGUGCACAUGUUAUCCUCGCCUGCAGGAAUAUAUCAAGAGCCAACGAAGCCAAGUGUAACAUUUUAGAGGAGUGGCGUAAAGCCAAGGUUGAAGCAAUGACCUUAGACCUUGCUUCUCUUCGCAGUGUGCAGCACUUUGCUGAAUCAUUCAAGUCCAAGAAUUUGUCACUGCACGUGCUCAUCUGUAAUGCUGCCACUUUCGCUCUUCCUUGGACUAUCACAGAAGAUGGCUUGGAAUCCACCUUUCAGGUGAAUCACUUGGGGCAUUUUUAUCUCGUCCAACUUCUUCAAGAUGUGAUGUGCACCUCUUCUCCAGCACGAGUUGUGAUGGUUUCCUCGGAAUCUCAUAGAUUUACAGACAUUAAAGAUUCCUCGGGAAAGCUCGAUUUUGGUCUGCUUUCUCCAUCUAAAAAGGAGUACUGGGCUAUGCUGGCCUACAAUCGUUCCAAACUCUGCAAUAUACUAUUCUCCAAUGAACUAAACAGCCGACUCUCUCCCUAUGGGGUCACAUCAAAUGCAGUACAUCCUGGAAAUAUGAUGUAUUCGUCCCUGCAUCGCAACUGGUGGGUGUACACCGUGCUGUUUACUUUGGCUCGACCUUUCACAAAAUCCAUGCAACAAGGAGCCGCCACAGCCCUCUACUGUGCCACAGCACCGGAGCUGGAGGGCCUGGGAGGAAUGUAUUUCAACAACUGCUGUCGCUGCUUGCCAUCACAAGAGGCCCAGAAUGAAAUGACGGCCAGAGCCUUGUGGGAACUAAGCGCACGGCUGAUCCAAGAACGAAUCGGCAGGCAGUCUGACUAACAGGGGGCCCCUGUAAAGGAUCAAAACACACAGAGUAUGUGCACGCAAGAAACCGGCCAACUCUGGAACCUUUCCAAUCUUAUCAUCGAGAGGGUUUCCAGAGAUUCCUCUGAUCCUGAUUAACUCAUGUUCAAUGAAACAGUAGCAGUCACAACAUAGUGAAAAAUGUUAAGUGCAAGUGGGAAAUUGGGAAAUCUCUGGGUUAAAGGGGCAGUAGCUUUUGGGGGGGCUUAGGUAUGUUUUCAUCACUCUUGAUUGUAGUCUGUUCAAAGUGGAACCCCAGGUGGAGUGCUUGGCAUCCUUUGUGAUUUUCAGAAGUCCAGGGAGACAUUUUCAUCGACUUGAAUGGCUUAGUGGGCCGCCAACGAAACAACAUGAGAUUCCUUCAUUGGGUAGAGAGAAGACGUUACAUAGUAUGACUUUGCUCGUUGAUCGGGAGGUCAUUGAUAUCCUGACCAAAUUGGACAGGGCUUGGCAACGACAGAAAAGAAAAUAAUGGGUCCUUGGCUUUGGACUGCAAAUGUAACGGUGAUGUCGAAGUGGUUCAGAAGUAGAGUUUAAAGGUCCUUCCUUCGCUGCUGAGUAAAUACUGACAAUUAGAAUAAAAGGCAUGUAGCAAACCAUGCUCUAGACACUCGAGGGUAAGAUAAAAGGACUCUGUGUCCUUAAGAACGCCCAGGGUGCAGUCAGAGGUUAAAGGUUAUUCCAUUCAUUCAUUCUUCUUUCACAGUUUUGAGGAGUUUGAGGUUCAUGGUGUCUCAGUUCCCCAUUAGUAAAAGAGCGUGCUUGACUAUUGUCUCCUAAAGAGAACCUGGACAUUGUUUCUUUCAAUUUUUCUCUAAAUAUUUUAGUUUUGUUUUUCUUUAGAAAAGAAAACUAGAGGAAAAAUAAAGAAAGUAUUGUAGAUGCCACGAAAACCCCGUUUUUUUCUUGCUUCUUUUCUGAGUUUUUGUUGUGUUUAGUUUUGUGCUUUGUGGCUGUCUUCAUGCCAGAAAGUUGUCUUAUAAGCCAUCAGCAUUCCAGCAUCUUGUUUUCUGUAAGCAAAAAAGGAAAUAAAGAUUGUUAAUUGCACUGUA